UUAGAAGCAUCUUAUAAGUAUAUUAUUUUAAAACUCUAAUUUUCACAAGAGAAUAUAAAUUUUGAGGUUACAAUGGCGGAUCGCCUAACCCAAUUACAGGAUACAAUUAAUCAGCAAGCCGAAUAUUUUUGUAAUAGCGUUGGGAUUUUACAACAGUAUUCGACACCUAGUAAGUUUCCAGGGUUUGAUCGAAUCAAUACUCCACAACUGAAUCAACCACAAGAAGAUUAUGCUGCUCUUUUUGCAACAUUGAUUGCAAGAUGUGCUAAAGAUAUCGAUACGUUGAUCGAUAGUUUACCUAGCGAAGAAUCGUCUCAAGAACUACAAGUAGCAAGUCUUAGCAGAUUAGAACAAGAAAAUCAAGAGGCGGCUGAGCAACUCGAGGAGGUUGUAAGACAAGGUGAGGCACUUUUACAACGAAUCCAAGCUGCAUUGCAAGAUAUCGCACAAAGCCAACUAGACAUGCAAAAUCCUACUUCCAAUACGGUGAUUAAUCCAAGUCAGCCCCUUAGUACAAAUAGUAUUAUUAGUAGCGUUAAUGUAAAACAAGAGAUUCAUAAUAAUACGAAUACAAAAAGUCAUCAAAUACCAGAUGUAUCUUCUAAUUCUAUGUGAAUUAAUACAGUACGAUUUAUGCAAUCUUUCAUAUUAUAACCUUAAAUUAGU